ACAAUAUAAGAUAUGUUUGGUGGCGGAUGUGGUGAAAAUGUACCGACAAGUGCUGGUAAAUCGGGAAGAUACUCCAUUUCAGAGGAUUCUUUGGAGAGAUAGUCCUGAAAAGGAGCUUCAAGAGUUUGAAUUACUUACCGUGACCUUUGGCACCGCAUGUGCUCCAUAUUUAGCUGUGCGGUCACUGCAAGAGUUAGCCUAUAAGGAGUGUCAGAAUAAGCCAGAAAUCGCUAAAAUUAUUUUGAAUGAUUUUUACAUGGAUGAUGUGAUGACCGGAAGUGAAACCCUAGAAGAUGCUUAUAAAAUAUAUAAAGAAUUAACCGAAGUGUUAGCGAAAGGAGGGUUUCCGUUGCAGAAAUGGAAAAGCAAUUCUAAGGAAAUAUUAGCUAAAAUAUGGAAAGCAAAGGGUAAUAAGGAUGAGGAAUUAAGGAUUAAGGUAGAUGAUACAACUAAAAUAUUAGGACUUACCUGGGAUCAGCGUGGUGACUUCUUCCGGUACUCUGUAGAUCUUGCACCGCAGGAGGAACCUGUAACAAAAAGGAAAAUCAUAUCUGAUAUAUCCCGAUUAUUUGAUCCACUCGGAUGGUUAGCUCCUUGUAUUAUAGCAGCAAAAAUACUCAUACAAAAGCUUUGGUUAGCUGGUAUUGGGUGGGAUGAGCCAGUUCCUACUAAUUUAAUAAUUGAAUGGAAUACUUACCGUAAAAAUUUAACUGCCUUACAGAAUAUUAAAAUUCCACGAUGGAUACACACAUGUAAUAAAUAUAAGCGCGAGUUGUACGGGUUUGCUGACGCUUCGAAGGUGGCUUAUGCGGCUGUCGUGUAUCUGCGAGUUGUAGAUGAAGUGGGAAAUGUGUAUGUCUCGUUAGUUACAUCUAAAACAAAAGUAGCUCCCAUAAAGCAGGUGUCUAUCCCUAGACUUGAGCUUUGUGGGGCCGUACUCUUGGCUAAAUUGAUGAUUGAGGUAGCUGAAGUCAUGAAUGUUGAAAGAAAUCAGUUACAUGCAUUCACUGACAGUGAAGUAGUUUUAGCCUGGCUUGACAAUCACCCAAGUCGAUGGAAGACCUUCGUGGCUAACCGAGUUUCUGAAAUUCUACAGAUUUUGGAUACACAUCAUUGGUCCCAUGCCCAGGAUUACCUUCAUCAGUUCCUUCAAAGGCAUAAAUGGGAAUAUCAGAACCCAGAACCAUCACUGGGUGAUGUAGUUUUAGUCAAGGAGGACGAUCUACCCCCGGCGCGAUGGUUGCUAGGUAAAAUCGAGCAAAAACAUCCGGGACCCGAUAAUAUCACGCGGGUAGUCACAAUACGUACCAAAAAUUCUUUAAUUAAAAGACCUACUUCUAAGGUAGCAAUUUUACCUGUAACUAAAUAAGUUAUUAGUCGAAAGAUUCUUUACAAUUUGGACUGUUGCAUGGUGGGCGGUUUGAAGGACAUUUCGCAUAAUGUCCUUGGUGGGCGGUAUGUCCGGAUUAAACAUACACACCAGUAGGUAUUUGUAACUAUAACUUUAUUUUUUGUUUACAAUUUAUUUCAAUAAGUUUAGUUCCUCGAUGACGCCUAGAUGGCGUUGGUAGAUUUAUUUAAAUUUCUGAAUCACGCAAGCACUACAUCAACAUGUUAAUAUGUAAUCGCUUUCAAGUAAACGAUAAAAGUGUGUUAUAAGAAAAAAA